AUGGCUUCCAACACUAGAACCUUCAUCUCAAACACAGAUGAUGAUAACCAAAUCACAGCGGUACAAACGAUAGAGGCCGAGGGCCUCGAUAAAGUUGUCCCCGACUCAGGGGCCACACACAACGACAAAAAUGAUAUGCACCGAAUGGGAAAGCUUCAAGAAUUCAAGCGCAAUUUCCGCCCAUUAGCUGCGUUGAGCUUUUCGGCCGUUCUCCAAGCCACGUGGGAGUUUAUCUUGAUAUCUAACUCCCAGGGCCUGCAAAAUGGAGGGCUUGCUGGCCUUUUCUGGUCCUUCAUAUGGACCUUCAUUGGAUUCGGGUUUAUUAUCGUCAGUCUUGCUGAAAUGGCGUCCAUGGCGCCGACUUCUGGUGGUCAGUAUCACUGGGUUUCAGAGUUUGCUCCAAGGCGAUUUCAGAAAUUCCUCAGCUAUACAACAGGAUGGAUGUCCGUCUUGGCUUGGCAAGCCGGAGCAGCAAGUGGGUCCUUUCUCACUGGAACGAUCAUUCAAGGCUUGAUCACCAUACGAAAUCCAGAAUACGAGGCACAAAAUUGGCAGGGGACUCUCUUUGUUUGGGCGAUGAUUGCACUCAUCUACGUUUUCAACGUCUAUGCCGCAAAUUGGAUGCCACGGAUACAAAAUCUACUUCUUGCUCUGCAUCUUAUUUGCUGGGUGAUUGUGGUUGUCACGCUAUUUGCCAUGGCGCCCCACCAACCUGGGAAGGUAGUGUUUACUGAGUUUUACAACGGUGGCGGCUGGCCAACAAUAGGAGUGAGCUUGAUGGUCGGCCAGAUAUCCGCUAUAUAUGGGUCACUUAGUUCUGAUGCCACUGCACAUAUGUCGGAAGAGGUAAAGGAUGCUGGGCGCUACGUUCCCAUCGCCAUUGUAUGGGGAUAUUUUGGUAAUGGCGUUUUGGCAAUUAUUGUUCUUGUUGGGUUGCUACUCUCAAUCCAAUCGGUUCCAGCGUCGCUCACUGACAGCUCCGGGUUCCCAUUCCUCUAUGUUCUACGAAAUACGCUUUCCCUAGCUGGAGUUAACGGAUUAGCCUCCAUAAUCCUGGUUCCUGUCAUUUUCAGCAACAUUCUGUUCAAUGCAUCGACGGCCCGUCAAACCCAUGCCUUUGCUCGUGACAAGGGUCUUCCCUUUGCUCGGUGGAUCUCCCAUGUUGAUCCUCGCCGUCGAAUUCCCGUUCGCGCCAUCGGCCUUUCGUGCUUGGCAAGCGGCUUGCUCUCACUAAUCUAUAUCGGAUCCUCGGUCGCAUUUAAUGCUAUUAUCUCUUUGAAUGUCGCGGCUCUCAUGUACACCUAUGCCAUUUCCAUGAGCUGCGUGAUCUAUCGAAAGAUAUGUAGUCCUGAGACACUUCCAGCACGACGAUGGUCUCUAGGCUCUGCCGGAUUGGCCAUCAACAUUAUUGGCCUGAUUUAUGUGUGCUUCGCUCUAUUUUGGUCUUUCUGGCCACCUAGCCCAUCUGCUGCAGUCGAAGACUUUAACUGGAGUGUGGUUAUAUUUGUGGGAGUCUUCAUUCUCAGCCUCGUCAUGUAUGUAUUCCAAGGGAAGAGGCAGUAUGUGGGGCCUGUUGUUAUGGUGCAAAGGCGCGACUAA